UUGUCCGUCUGCCUAAACCUAAAUUUCGUCUGCAGUCUUUUCUUUUCUUUGGACAGUUACACUGUUAGCUGUACCCAGUCAGGUAGUCACACACAGACACAGUCGGUUGUUCCCGUAAUAAUUACUGAUUUGGUGUUCUUGUUGUGCUCCAUUAUGGGUAUUGAACAAAGUACACCCAGCACUCAACCAUCGGUUGAGUCAAGGAGUAAUAUCCACAAUAAACCACGACAAGAUUCGUCUCAAACCUUGGAUGAUAAUGGUCGUUCGUCUCCUCAUCCCAGCCUUUGCUCUUCUGAUGUAGAUGUCCCAUAUGUUUCAUACACUGUCAAUAGACCAAUUGGAGAAUCUCCCAAACACCAAGGUAAACCAAAUGUGAAAAGUGGAAAAGGUUAUGGAGUUUCCUAUGCUCCCUCACAACCAUUAAAAGGAAGAAACAUAGUUGUUGUGUCUCAAAAAUCCAUGCUCGAUGAAGGAGAAGAAGAUUCAGAAAUUCUCACUUUAGGGCGAAUACCAUUGUUUUUGCCAAUUAUUCGAAGUUCGUUAUCCACAACUCAUCCGAGAGAGCCUGAUAUUGUUGAUCGACUUGAUGCUGGAGCUUUGCAAAGUAUAGUAGGACUACUUGAGGGACUAAUGAAACAAAAUGCUGAAACAGUAGUUACUGAGCAGAAUCAGCUAGCUCAAAGUUCAAAAGAUAUUGAAGCCCAAUUUGCGGCAAUAAUGACUGCACUUACUGAUAGACAAAAAAUGUAUGCUAAAUAUGCUGAGAAACUAGCACGCAUUCACGAGGUUUCACAUUCUUUAACCCGCUGUCAAUUAGCCCUAGCAACAGCAUUAGAUAGCAUUGAAACAUUAAACCGUCAGCUACCAACAUCGGAUCGAUUGGAAGAGUUCAUAUGGUCUACUGGUUAAUAUUGGAUUUGCCAUUUACUUACUUACGUUCGUGAUUUUCCUUCCUGUAUUAUUGCUAUGUUCUUCGUCUGAACAUUCUGUUUUGAUUGAACGCGUCCUUAAAAAAAUAAUUUAUUUGAGCAUA